CGGCGCGAGGAGCAGCGAAUUAAAUUACUGCUUUCGUGGACAAGAUGGCAACUUGCAUAGGAGAGACCGAUUUUCCUCCAUAUGUCAUAAAAUGCGUGGAUGACACACAUUUUCUCGUUGCAGGAGGUGGUGGAGAAUCAAAAACCGGUGUGCCAAAUGCUCUGGAAAUAUUUCGAGUGGGGAUAGGAAGCAGCGGCAUUGCCGUGGAGUCAAAAUGCAGGUACAACACAGACAACGGAGAUGAUCGGAGUGCAAUCAUGAAUGCUGCUAUGAGGUUUGAUGGUAAAGAGUAUCUGAUGGCGGCAGGUCGAAACGAAAGAUGCCAGAUGUACCAGAUCAACAAGGUGGUUGAAUCCCUCAUACCACAGACGAUGGGUAGAGAGGAUGGAGACAAAGAGGAAGAGGGGAAAAAGAGCAAAGAGGAGGAGGUCACUCUUAGGAAAAGGAAAAAGAAGCCUUCCGAAUCCAACGGCAAGAAGAAGUCAGGGCCACCAUCUCGCAGAGAGUUGGUCCAGUUUGAUGUGAAGCGGCUUCAAUCUGUUCAAACAGACUUCAGCCCAACUGAUUCAAGCCAGAAUGCGGUCUGCUUCUCACCCAAUGGGAUGUACUUUGCAACUGGCGGCGUGGAUGGUCAUUUACGAAUGUGGACGUAUCCAACGAUAGAGAAAGUGUAUGACAUCGAAGCACAUUCCAAGGAUAUUGAGGACAUUAUUAUCAGUCCACUGGGCAAUAAGCUCAUCACAAUCUCAAGGGACCAGAAGGCGUAUGUGUGGAAUACAAAAGACGGUAGUAAGAUGUGUGAAUUGGAAUGGGAAGAAUGUGCGGAUCAUAAAUCGUACAGAUUUGGCUGCUGUAGGUAUGCAUUCCUGAAUGGCGAUGUCAGCAACUCCACAAUGUUCACAACUCACACACCUCACAUACAGAAGAAAGGCAGGCAACCUUCCUAUAUUUCAAAAUGGAAUAGUCACAAGUUCACCAUAGACAAGACAGUUUGUACAGGGGAUGAUAUUCUCUCAGCAUUAGCAGUCAGUCACAGCGGUUACUAUGUGGGAGUCGGUACUAUGUCAGGUUCUGUGGGAAUCUAUGUCACAUUCAGCUUACAGAAAGUAAAAUGGGUGGACAAUGCGCAUAGCAUUUUCAUCACCGGUCUAUCUUUCAUUCCUAUGACCAAGAAUUCAAGACGAGUAAUUGGUGAUAAGGAUGCUGCAAUCCUCAGUCUAUCAGCUGAUAAGAAGAUUGGCCUGGUUACAGUCAGCAGAUCGGGUGAAUAUCCGGCCAUCCUAAUGUUCCUUGGAGUCUUCAUACUAAUCAUGCUGGCCCUUACCUUGUUUGCUUACUUCGGCAUGGACUUCUAAAAUAACAAUGAAGGCGUACUUGAAAGCUCUGGAUUUGAAACCUCAGGAAUCACACUUUCCACUUUGUGCAUUGAUGCAUCAAGAGGAGACAAACUUUAGGAAUGGAAAAUACCAGUGUAGAAGCAACAGAUGUUUUCUCUGAAAUGCAAACUUCUUUUGAUAUCCUGUGGAGAUCUGUCUUCAUUUACCAUCAUCUAGUGAUUAAUAUUCACUUGGUCUACUAACAGUUAGACUUAUUUAUUGAAUAACACCAUCAUGGCUAAUCCCAUUGGCCUGUAUUCUGAAAUACACUUUCACUUAGACCAUGGUCUGACUCUGUGCUAAAUUAUGGGAAGCCAAAACAGUGAAAUUUUAUUAAAUUUUUUUUGCAUGUUUAUUGUAUUCUUCCCCAAUUCUUUAACAGUAAAGAAUUAUAAUGUUCUAACAAGCUUAUAAAUUGAUCUUCUACUGUUAGAUGCUAUCUAUAGUUUAAACUCGAACUUUAUACCAGAGUACAUGUAUAAAUUAAACCCGACUUCAAAAUACGGGCCAUUUGGUCUACUAUCACCUUGGGUUAAGUUCUGUUUGGUCCAUCCAUCACUUUAUCUAACAGCCACUUGUCAAGGCCGUCUGUUGUUCUACUAGCUUACAGGGUCUGAUGUGGAAAGACUACACCUACUAGCUGCAAAGCAGUGAGUGCAGCUGGUAUGGCAGCCAUGUCUGAUGGAUAAAAUGAAUGGCAUAUGGUGCAUUGUCACUGAGCUUAGUUUACCCAUUUUUUUUUUCCUUCUCAAUUUGAAUUCAGAUGCAGUAAUGUAAAUAAGACUCAAUGAUAAAUAGGCUAAAAGUAAAGCUGCUGUUACACAAAAUAUCACGAGGUAAGUCGUGAUACACAAUGUACAUGUAUAUCGGACCAUGCUGAAUGGCACAAUAAUUGCUUUAGAUCUCUUGACUCUUCAGUAUUAACCACUUACAACUUUUUUUAUUAUUUUCAAGAAGAGCAUAAUUUGGGGGCAUAUAUUUUGUGACUAAUCUUUCUGUUAUGUACGAUACUGUUUUUUUCUUUUAAGUUUUGGAUUUACCCGCAGUUGUGUUGAUUUGACUACUGUGUAUUCUGCUCGCUAGGGUAGGCAAGCAAAGCAUUGAAAAUGUCUUGAAUAACAAUAAACUACAACUUCUAUUGACUAGAAUUCUUGCCAUAAUAAAAUAUA